AGAGCCGCCUGCGCAUGUCCAGGCUGGCAGCAAGCACGGCCCGGCCCCGGGACAGCCGAAUCCAAGACCCUGCGCGAUCCCCGGCUGCGCUCCGAGGCGGGGGCUCCCGCUCUCUGCCCACCCUCCUCCUCCGGGAUCACCAUCCCUACGGGACCUUCGGCCUCUUCCCCGGCCCCUGGGGACUUCACGGAGCCCAGGCCCUGGGGUACCGGAUCGGCGCGGGGCGAGUUCUGCAGCCUCGACGGGCGGCCGGGGUGGCGUCGGCUGUAGGGGACACGCCCAGUUGAAGAAGCCUGGCCCGGGCUCCGUGGAUCCCGGUCGGGAGCGUCGCUGUUCCUGGCGGAGGCGACAGGUGACUUGACGGGGACCUCUUCGACAGCCAAGCCUCCAGGGCCAGCCGCGCAUCUCCUUUCCCAGCCGCUUCGCCCGGGGCGCAGACACCCGGGCCGGGAGCCACUGAAGUUCCGGGUGGGCGGGGAGGCGACUGUCCGUGGUGCUGAGCCGACCGGGCCACCAGCUCCGGGGAGCGCGGGACCUGGAUCGUGUCCCUCCCUACAACCCGAGAGGUCUACUGGGCUGGUCUCGGGCUGAGAGCCACCCCCGGCUUGCCGCGCCAACCCCCCCACCCCCAUUCUCUUUCUUCACUCUCAAAGUCGCCCCCUUGGGCAACUCGUCCCCGAGGGUUUCCUCGAAAGAAUCAGAGGGCGCAUCUGUGACAGAGGAUCUCUCUGCUUAGCCCCCGUAAGCUGCUCAUCCUUAAAAGAUGCCUGCCAUCAUCAGACUGCUUCCCCUGGUCUCUCUCAUACUCAUCUACUGGGUGGGACUCUGCUUCCCUGUGUGUGUGGAGGUGCCCUCGGAGACGGAGGCUGUGCAGGGCAACCCCAUGAAGCUGCGCUGCAUCUCCUGCAUGAAGAGGGAGGAGGUGGAGGCCACCACCGUGGUGGAAUGGUUCUACAGGCCUGAGGGCGGUAAAGAUUUCCUUAUCUACGAGUAUCGGAAUGGCCAUCAGGAAGUCGAGAGCCCCUUCCAGGGCCGUCUGCAGUGGAAUGGGAGUAAGGACCUGCAGGACGUGUCUAUCACUGUGCUUAAUGUCACUCUGAAUGACUCUGGCCUCUACACCUGCAAUGUAUCCCGAGAGUUUGAAUUUGAGGCGCAUCGACCCUUUGUGAAGACCACACGGCUGAUUCCACUCAGAGUCACUGAGGAGGCUGGAGAGGACUUCACCUCUGUGGUCUCAGAAAUCAUGAUGUACAUCCUCCUGGUCUUCCUCACCCUGUGGCUGCUCAUUGAGAUGAUAUACUGCUACAGAAAGGUCUCAAAGGCUGAAGAGGCAGCCCAAGAAAAUGCAUCUGACUACCUUGCCAUCCCUUCAGAGAACAAGGAGAACUCUGUAGUGCCCGUGGAGGAAUAAAAGUGGCAUGACUUGAGGGUUUUCCAGGUUCAGUGACAUCAAUAUCAUCAGGAAGGUGCCCCAGGAGUUCUGCCACAUCCGUCUGUCCACUCACCAUGUGUUACCCACCCUUGAGCUGUCACUUCUGAUUUUUGAAGUCUAUCAGAACUCUAUACAUCUGACCUUGCCAGAACUGAGGAGCCAACAUGUCUACCGGGACUCAACCAUACCCUGUCCUAGCCUUCAGACAAGCAGUUCCCAUCCUGACUAGUUUUCUCCUGUGCUCCAAAUGACUUUGGACAAGUGUUGGAAGGAAAUUCCCUCUACCCUCUCACUGGCUGGAAUUGGCUCAUUUUCUAUUUCUUUGAGAGAACAGAUAUCUUGCUGGAAGGCAGCAAUGAUUCAUUUGGUAAAAGCAAAAGCAUGCCCUAUGCGUGAACUUGCUGAAGCUUAUUCAAGUCUGUGGCCCACUUGGCCAGAGCACCAGAGAGAAGCAUGCCUCUCUAGGUUUUCCUGGAACACAUGUCUAGAAGCACGGACUGAAAUGCUCUCUGGAGUUCAGAGCUUGGACUGGACCCAGCACUUCCUAGAAGCUAAAGGCAGAAAUUUAGGAAGGACCAAGGGCAAUUUAAGUGAUUCUUAAAAGUGACGUUAACAUGUUCAUGAUAUUACUGGAUUCAUGGAUGUGUGCUCUUCCUGGUGAGCACACCACCUGGGCAUUGAGAAUGAAAUUCCCAAGUUCUUCCUUUCAGAGUUUCUGUGGCUCAGUAUUACUCCUCAUUUUACAGGAGACAACUGAGACACAGGGCUCAGCUGAGUAAGAGACUUAAGAGGUGAGCUUUGAUGCUACCCAGUUCAACCCCUGGGACCCUGGGAUAGGAGAAUUUGUUUUGGAAAAGACUCUGACAUUCAACUUGGAUACAGCCAUACCUCUUGCAGAAGCACAGAUUUGGGAAGGAUGGCCCAGCUGAGGACAACUACAAUGGAUUCAGACUAGUCCAGAAUGCCCAGAGGACGCGAGCUAGGCCUGCAGCACUUCCUGUACCGGCGUGUGAAUCUGAAACAUCCCCCACAAGAGGUGGCAUCCAAGAAUGAUCUUGAAACUAGUGAAAUGCUUUGUAUAGUCUGAGAUGGAUGGCGAACAGUAAUAGGGCAAAGGUGGGUAGGUGGCUUCCAGAUACCUCACCUACUGAUCUGUGAUGUUCACGCACUUCCCCCUAGAUUUUAGGAGAGCAGUGAAACAGUGGGAAUAUUUUUAGUCAAGAUCUCCUUUUCAUUUUAAUGACUGGUCCAAGUGCAAUAACCUUCAGUGUGUAGUGAGAACGAGGGCAGGGGGCCUUGUGGGAUAUAAAAGGAUGAAAGCAACUGGGAUUUCAUAUGAAUGAUGUCCCUGAUAUCUGGAGCGAUCUGUAGGAACAACCAUUCUUCACUGGUGUUGGGCUUCAUCUGCCAAGGUCAUUCUUUCAUCUCUUCCAUCCCUGGGAAAGUACUUGAAACAAGACCCCAAUCUUGUUGACGAAGAUAUUUGCAAUAAAUUCAAGACCCUUCUUAUUGGUUAGUUUUCUGCACCGUGCUUUUGAACUAAGGGAGGUGAUAUAGAAUGUUUGAUUUUAAUUACUUUAUAGCUCAGUAUAUAGGCCCGAGUUAGCACAGAGCUUAUCCAGGCAAAGGCUGGUGGAUGCCUGCCAGACCUUGUAGCAGUAGCAAGCUACUUCCUCCCCUGCACUUUCUCCUCCUUCCCGUAGACCAUGCAUCUAACUCGUGACCAGGUAGUAUGCAUGACUCUCUUCCCCCUUUUCUCUCUUCUUAAAAAGUCCAGCACAAAUAUCAGAGUUCUGAGUGAUUUAAUGUAGCUGAAUAAUAACAAUUCGGUGUCCUCUAUAGGUCAUCUUCUGUGCCCUGUUCUUUCCUAACUUCUCAAUUCUUCUCAUCUUUGCUAGUUUUAGUACAGCUAUGUGGACUGCAGAGUGUUUUUGCUCUGAUUAUUUUCUCUUUCCUCCUCCAUAUAUACCUGGUCCAGUGCAGUGAAUGCUAUUAAGUCAAUGUUAUCAAUAAAGAAACCGAGGUUGGGAUUCCCCCCAGUUUUUCUAUCGUGGGACCCUCCCAGCUAGGAAGGGAAAACUCCUUUUAGCAUGGGAGCUUUUCUUUUUUAUACUCCCCCUUACAAUAAAUCAUUCAUAACUAAAGAAAGAAAAGGAAAGGAAGUUAAGGUUUUUGGACACCAGAUAGCUUUACUAAGUCACCAGGUCUUCCUAUUUUAAAUCCUAGGUCAUUUACCACCUAAACCAUGACUGUUUCCUUCCCCACUUCUCCUUUUCCUCCCCUCAAUUCCCAUUCAUCUCUUUGCCUCUUUUGCAUCUUCUCUUAGCUCAAAUUCCACUCCUAAUUUUUUACCACUUUGCAUCUUGGGAGCAGCUAAAAACAUACUUUGAGAGUCCAUCCCAGUGUAUUUCUACUUGGUCAGUAAAUCAUUUUCUUCAGCAUUGCAGUUAAAAUCCUUUCUUGAAGACUUGAUGAUUAUAAAUCCACAAAGUACUGUGAUCACCAGCCUACUUAAAAUGUUCACCAUUUCCAUUUCCUCCCACGUUCCUGUACAAGACCUGGACUAAAUGCGCAUAGCUCUGGAAGCUUUAUCUGGUAUGCUAUUGCUCAUUGAAGGGCCUAGAAGAGUUCUCAAGGGCUAUAAUCAUAUAGAGACCUAUCUGUUGACUCGGUGCUGGAUAUGUCCCAUGACUGGUCCUCAGUAACACAAGUCACUAAAGGUCCAGCAAGGCUAAUUUUCCCUUUCUUACUUCUUAACAGCCAUGAACUUGAUUACUCAAUUCAGUUGGUCCUAAAGUGCAUGGCCCCGUUUGCCUUUACUGUCAGCUCAGUCUUGUAUCAAGCCCCAACUCCUGGGUGGAACUUUCUCGACAGCCAGUGCUUAGACCUAUCUAGGCCUCCAUUUUCAAUCUGUUUACCAGACUGAUUUUGGUUUUUCCAUCACCAAACACCUUCACAUGCAGGCUUUCCUCUGAGUUUAUGGUUUCACUCUAGAUAUCCAGCUAGAAUUACUAGUAGAAAAGGAAAUUUUCAGAGAAAGAGAAAUGCUGGGAAAUGUGUAGUCAAUGAGAGGUUAAGAAAAAGAGACAAGUCAGGUAUGGUGGUACAUGCCUGUAAUCCCAACUCUUGGGAAGCUGAGGCAAAAAGAUGUCUGUGAACUGCCCUCCUCAAAAAAGAAAGGAAGGAAGGAAGGAAGGAAGGAAGGAAGGAAGGAAGGAAGGAAGGAAGGAAGGAAGGAGGCAGGGUGUGGUGCUAUAAGCCUUUAAUCCCAGCACUGAGGAGCCUGAGG